AGAGACGGAAGAGGAAGCGAGACACCCCACUCCCUAUUUUAUUCUGGUUACAUUUACAGCCAAUGAAAUAAGCAGACCAUACCCAGCAGCUAUUGCAUUGGUGUCCAUGGGAGAACCACCCCCUUUAAGCAGAUCGGAACUGACCAUUUUGUUUUCAAUGGUUAACGGCCUGAGUGAAUCAUCUUCAUGUAUCGACCAUCUUUGGUCGUUACCUUCACUAAGAAGUCAUCUGUUAAAAUGGCUAAACUAACGUCUUUAUUUGUAAUCUUAUUGUCUUUUUUUUGUAUUAGUGAAGCUGUUUUCGAAGAUCAAGUUGGAAAAUUUGAUUGGCGACAGCAGUAUGUGGGGAAGACGCUCUUUGCCCACUUUGAGUCGAAUACACAGUCAUCUAAAAAGAUGUUUGUCGCCACCGACAAGAAUAUCUUUGCCUCUUUCAACUCCAGGACUGGAGAUCUCCUUUGGAGACAUGUGGACAAGACCGGACCAGAGGGAAGCAUAGACAUACUUCUGCUGCAUGGGCAAGAUGCUCUGAUGGUGGUUGGAGAUGGUCGUUUGCUCCGUUCCUGGGACACAAACAUUGGCGGGCUGAACUGGGAGGCCGUGCUGGAUACUGGCAGCUUCCAGGCUGCGUGUUUUGUGGCCAUACAGGACACCGUAAAGCUUGUGGCAGUGCUAAAGAAAGCUGCCAUCUCUCUCCACUACUUAUCCAAUGGACACCAGAAAUGGGUGGAGAAUCUGCCUGACAGUGAUGCAGUCCAGUACCAGGCAGUGUACUCUGGGGGAGAAGAGGAGGUCUAUGUGUUGGGGGUGGUUCCUAACUCUCACCUCACUAUCAUAGCCUACAGCCUAGAGGAUGGAGAGAUCAUCAAGCAGAGAUCAGUCGAAGCCUCAUGGCUGUCCAGUAUUGAGUCCAGCUGUGUGGUGGUCGGUCAGGGGGUGCUGAUGUGUGUGGAUCCCGCCACUCUCGCCCUCUACACCCUCCCGAUACAGGCUGAGGAGACUCCAGAGUUCAGCCAGAUCCUACUACAGUCUCUGGAUCUGGAGGUGUUCCCAGGCUUCCAGCCCGUCCUGGUGUCCAGCCAGCCCCACCCGGCCCGCUCCCCCCUCUCAGAGUUCUUUCUCCAGCUCGGACCAGACCACCAUGUCCUGCUGCAGCUCAAUGCUGAUGGAUACACCAUCGCCCCACUCAGAGACUUCCAGCCGGCGUUCUUAGUCUCAUUUGCCACCACGGGGAAGAAGACUGUUGCUGCCGUCAUGACUCCCAAAAACGAAACGGCUUGUGCCAUCAAUCUGUUCAGCGUUGACUCUGGUCGCAGGCUGUUGGAUACCACCGUCCUCUUUCCCCUGGAGCCUAACGGGGGGAAACCACACACGCUGUAUGUCCAUGCCUUCCUGAAGAAGGACGACUCUGUGGGCUACAGGGUCCUAGUGCAGACACAGGACCAUGCUCUCACCUUCAUACAGCAGCCAGGACGUGUGGUAUGGACCAGAGAGGAGGCCCUAGCUGAUGUUGUUACCAUGGAGAUGGUGGACCUGCCACUCACUGGCACCCAGGCCGAGCUGGAGGGGGAGUUUGGCAAGAAAGCUGACGGGUUAUUCCCCAUGGUGCUGAAGCGUCUGUCAUCCCAGGUGACUCUGCUCCAGGCGUGGCUGGCCCACCUGUGGAAGUUGUUCUACGAAGCCCGUAAACCCCGCAGCCAGGUUAAGAACGAGGUCACCAUAGAAACAUUGUCCAGGGAUGAGUUCAACCUGCAGAAGAUGAUGGUUAUGGUCACCGCCUCGGGGAAGCUCUUUGGCAUCGACAGCAAGUCAGGCAGCAUUCUGUGGAAGCACUACCUGGAGAAUGUUCAGCCCAACGCAGCCUUCAAACUGAUAGUUCAGAGGACUACCGCUCACUUCCCACAUCCCCCACAGUGCACUCUGCUCAUCAAGGAUAAGGACACUGGCCUGGCCACCCUGCAUGUGUUCAACCCCAUAUUUGGCAGGAAGAGUCACAUCGCCCUGCCGGCCCUGCCCCGCCCCAUCCUCCAGUCACUCCUACUACCUGUUAUAGACCAGGACUACGCCAAGGUCCUGUUGCUGGUCGACGACCAAUACAAGGUGACAGCCUUCCCCUCCACUAAGAACGUCCUACAGCAGCUCCAGGAGAUGGCCUCCUCCAUCUUCUUCUACCUGAUCCGCUCAGAUCAGGGAAACCUGUCUGGAUUCAGGCUGCGUAAGGACCUGUCCACAGAGCGGAUCUGGGAGGUGGUCCUUCCUACAGAGGUUCAGAAGAUAGUAGCUGUCAAAGGGAAGAGGCCCAACGAGCAUGUCCACUCUCAGGGCAGAGUGAUGGGAGACCGCAGUGUUCUCUACAAGUACCUGAACCCUAACCUGCUGGCAGUGGUGACGGAGAGUACAGACACACACCCUGAGCGGGCCUUCGUGGGCGUGUUCCUGGUCGACGGUGUGACUGGACGCAUCAUCCAUGAAGCCGUCCAGAGGAAGGCCAGGGGGCCCGUACACUUUGUCCACUCUGAGAACUGGGUGGUGUACGAGUACUGGAACACCAAGUCCAGGCGUAAUGAGUUCAGUGUGCUGGAGCUGUUUGAAGGGACAGAGCUGUAUAACAGCACAGUGUUCAGUAGUCUGGACAGACCCCAUCUGCCCCAGGUCCUACAGCAGACAUACAUCUUCCCCUCUCCCAUCACCACUAUGGAGGCUACGCUCACUGAGAAGGGCAUCACCUCUAGACAUCUCCUGGUGGGGUUACCAUCAGGAGCCAUCUUGUCUCUCCCCAAGAUGUUCCUGGAUCCACGGAGACCAGAGGUCGUCACUGAACACAGCCGUGAGGAGAACCUUAUACCCUACGCCCCAGAGAUGCCCAUCCGCACAGAGUGGUUCAUCAACUACAAUCAGACCGUAGCGAGAGUGAAAGGAAUCUACACUGCCCCCUCUGGCCUGGAGUCCACGUGUCUGGUGGUUGCGUACGGUCUUGACAUCUACCAAACCAGGGUGUACCCCUCCAAGCAGUUCGACGUGCUGAAAGAUGACUACGACUACGUCCUGAUCAGCAGUGUUCUGUUCGCUCUGUUCUUCGCCACCAUGAUUAGUAAACGUCUGGCACAGGUCAAACUCCUCAACCGGGCCUGGCGGUAAAAGAGUCAACUUCUCACCUUUCAACUCUGACCUCUCCGUUGCUGCAUGGAUGACCCCGGGACAGUGGACGAGCUGAAGCCGUUUUGGUGGGGGGGGGGGGGGGUCGUCUUUCUUUUUCAAGGAAGAGAUUAAUUUCGGGUUGCCAGAUUUCUCUCAUUUUUGUUUGUUUAAUUUAUUUGGUAAAACUUUGAGGUAGAAUUUAAGGGGAGUUAUGUUGCCUUCAGAACGUAUUCCUACCCCUGGACUUAUUCCACAUUGUUUUACAGCAUGAAUUCAAAAUGGAUUAGAUGUAUUUAUUUUUUUCCCUCACCCAGCUACACACAAUAACCCAUAAAGAAAGUGAAAACAACAUGUUUUUAGAAAUAUUUGUACAUUUUAUUGAAAAUGAAAUACAGAUCUAAUUUACGUAAGUAUUCACACCCCUGAGUCAAUACUUUGUAGAAACACCAUUGGUGGAGAUUACAGCUUUGCGUCGUCUUGGUCGUGUCGGUAUCAAGCUUUGAGUCAUCUGGAAUUGACGAUUUUCUUCCCAUUCUUCCUUACAGAUUUAUUUUCAAGUUCUGUUAAGUUAGAUGGUGAACAGCAAUCUUCAAGGUUUUCUCCAGGCGGAGCUGUGCCUGGUUUUCUCCAGGCGGAGCUGUGCCUGGUUUUCUCCAGGCGGAGCUGUGCCUGGUUUGCUCCAGGCGUAACAGUUUGCAUUCAGGCCAAAGAGUUAGAUUUUCAUCUCAUCAGACCACAAUCUGUUUAGAUAUGCUUUUUUUUUGCCAGUUUCGGGCAUGCUGUCAUGUGGCUUCCAUCUGGCCACUCUCCCAGAAAGCCCAGAUUAGUGAAGUGCGGUAGAGACUGUUGUCCUUCUGGCAGAUUCUCCCAUCUCAGCCAAGGAACUCUGUAGUUCUGUCAUUGGUCACCUCCCUAAACAAGGUCAUUCUUGCCCGGUUGUUCAGUUUGGUCGGAUAGCCAUCUCUAGGCAGAGUCUGGGUAGAUCCAUAUUUUUCAAUUUCCCAAUGAUGGAGAUCUCCGUACUCUUGGAAACUUUCAACACUCUAGAAAUCGUUGUGUAACCUUCCCCCGGAUAUGACUCAACCCAAUUCUAUCUCGGUGAUCUACAGACAGUUCCUUGGGCUUCAUGUUAUAUUUUCUGUUUCUGACAUCUGCUGUCAACUGUGGGACCAUAUAUAGACAGGCGUGUUUCUUUCUAAAUCCUGUCAAAACAAUUGAGUUGGCCCCUCACUGGUGGACUCCAAUCAUGUCUCAAGGAGGAUCAAAGGAAAUUGGAUGCACCUGAGCGUCAUAGCAAAGGGGUGUGACUACUUAUGUAAAUGAGAUAUUUCUGUAUUUUAAGUUUCCAUAAAAUUCGUAACAUGUUUUUACUGUUGUGUGUUUUCAGGCUGUAACACAACAAAUUGUAGAAUAAGUCAAGUGGUAUGAAUACUUACAGAAGGCACUGUAUGUCAUUGCUAUGAACACAUAAUAAACCCUUCAUAGCCUCCCUUUUUAAGAUAGCAAUGCUUUUCAUGAUCUCACUGCAAUGAAUUUAAAUAAUUACCACAAGGAAAGAGCUGUUAAGUGGGUACUUGGUGCAUUUCAAAGCAGGUGUUGUUAUACUGAAAUAUUAUUCAGCUCUGAAAGAUGACUAAAAUGUAUUUUUUUAAGAUUAGGCCUAAUCUAAGAUGAUUUAAAUGUGGUAGAGAUUUCGAUAACUUUUUGCUUAAAAAAAUUAAAACGUUUGUGCCACAGAUACUUGAAGACCAUCCCUAUGACAGAUAGUGAAUUGGGGUGUGUGUACUGAGGAGGUUUGCUUUUUUUUGGGGUCGUCUGCCUCUGAAGCUCGCAGUCUUUCUUUGAACUAAUAUCCCCCCCAUGGCAUUUGUGUAAAUGAUAGUUUGUAAGAUAUUUAUGUAUAUUUGUCUUAAACAUGGAUUAGCAUGGUGCUCUAGAGUAUAACUUUUUUUUCUCUCCCUUGAAUGGAAAACUGUUCAUGCAACACUUUCACAAACACACGCCAAAUGCCCUCAAUAAAAUGAUGACUAUUUCUGAGUCUUUAACAUUUUUGUUUUGUACAAAGUAAGCUUACUACUGAUUGUUUGGUUGUGCUAUAAAGAAAUAAUAGCAAUUAUUUUUCUUCUUACUGCAGUUUACAGUGAAAUAAACAUAGCUGUUUUAAACCAUAA